GGGUUCUAUACGAACCCUGUGGUCCUUAGAGAGUCUGUUAGUGAGUUUGCGGGUAGGUCUACGUGGUGAGGAGUGGGACUAUCCUGUCGUGCACCUAUCACCAUGGAGGAUUACCCGAUGUACGGGUUGCUCGUGCGGUUCUCCCUUUGGGGGACCCUUUGGCAUUUCAUUUUCCCAUUGGGAUUCUGGAACACGUUUUCGUGUGGGGUAGAGACACGUACGGGGACGGGUACCACGCCCUACAUGGCCGAGCAGGAAGCAAAGGCCGCCGCCAUCUUCAAAGAGAGGAGAGAGAAGAAGGAGGCCAAGAAGAAGGCCUUGCUGGAGGCGCAAGCGGCGAAGUUGAAAAAUAUAGAGGAGGAGAUGGUUAGAGAGAAUGAGAGGCUGAAGAAAGAAGAAGAAGCGAAGUUAAAAGAAGUGGAAGAGGAAGAAGAAAAAGAAGUAGAAGAGGAGCCACUGGAGAGAGGAAGAAGAGGAAACAGAGGGGAGUCUAGUGAGACAAAGGAAGACUUGAUGGAGAAGAAGAUUUUAGAGUCGGUUGCAGGACUGACCCUGGGAGAGGAUGAGGAGGCGUUAAUGUAUGUGCCCAGGGACGAGCAGGAGGCGGUCGUGCGAGAGUGGGAAGCUGAAGGACACCCACUCAAGCGGCGAGUGCUAGAAGAUGAGAAGAGGAUGGAGUGGAAGUUCCGCCUCACUUGGGAGAGGAAGAGGAGAAUGGAGGCGGCAACAGAGGUGGCGAAGGAGUUGGAAGAGAUUCGGAAGCAGAGGGAUAAAAUGGCGGUCCAAGUAGAUUUAUUGGGGAAGGUAAAGAUCGUGGCUAAGAACGUGGAACGCCUGGCAAAGGUCGAGGAGGGGCAGCUUUUAUUUGGUAGAGGCCAGGACAUUGCAGUGCAUUCAAUACGGUCGGGACUUAGGGACUUUGCUCGGGAGUUGGCCAUGCAGGUGGGCUCGCAUGUGACCGCCCGCCUCGAGGGCACUGAACGAUACUGUGCUGGUGCCAUUGAGGGCACCAAGCUGACUGCCCCAAAGGAAGAAGAAGCACGUCCCCGUAGAGAGCUGGUCAAAGUUGAGUUUCCUGAUUCCUAUAGUGGAAAGAAGGAAGAGAACCUUGACAAUAAGGAGGCCAACGUUAAAACGUACGUGCAUCUGCAGAAGGUGUCCCCCGAUGAGCAGGUCCUAAUCGCCAUCCAUGCGUUAAAGGAAGAAGCCGCCAGUUUUGCACGCUCCUUAGUCCGCGCUGCUAAUUGCAGCGACGAUGUGGUUGCCUACUCUGCCUUUACCCCCCUCGCUUACUUUCUUAAGUUGCUGCGCGAACGAUUUGCAGAUGUCUCGCGCAGUGUCAGAGCCUCUGAUCGAUUGCAGACUAUCCACUCUCGUCAGUGGAGGAGUGCCAAGGCACUCAAGGGAGUAAUGGACGAGCUAGUGGCUGUUCCUGACCAUGGGGUCACAGAGACCCAACUGGACUGCACGUCUGCUAUGAAGAAGCUGAAGCAGACACUAAUAGAGUAUCCAGUCCUUAAGGUGGCCGAUCCGUCCUUACCCUUUGUCGUCACUACGGACGCCAGUCCGUACGACAUAGGUGUUGUUCUGCAGCAAGACGAUGGCAAUGGUUAUAGACCCGUAGAGUUCAUGUCUGCCAGGAUGCCUUCAGAGAAGGUAGCGACAUCUACCUACGAGAGGGAACUCUACGCUCUCAGGCAAGCGUUAGACCAUUGGAAGCACUACUUGCUUGGGAGGCACUUCAAGGUCUAUUCAGACCACGAGACAUUGAGGUGGUUGAAGACGCAGGCCAAGAUGACACCUAAGCUUACUAGGUGGGCCGCAGAGAUAGACCAGUAUGAUUUUGAGCUCAAGCCAGUCAAGGGGAAAUAUAAUGUAGUUGCGGACGCUCUGAGUAGGAGAGCUGACUACUUUGGAGCGAUAGUCCACUAUCUGGACAUAGGGAGGGACCUGCAGGAGAGGGUUAAAGAGGCGUAUGCGCAGGACCCUAUUUAUAGUGACCUCCUCAAGAAAGUAAAGGAGGCCCCAGAGACUGAGCCCGAUUACUGCACUACUGACGGACUGUUAUUUGAGAAGACUAACGUAGUUGACCGUCUGUGCAUUCCCAAUAGUGAGGAGAUCCGUAGUCUGAUCUUAGGAGAAUGUCACGAUACAGAGGGUCAUUUUGGUUGGCAAAAGACUCUAGCCAAUCUAAUGCACGUGUACACCUGGCCAGGAAUGAAGAAUGACUGCAUAGAGUAUGUCCGCAGUUGUAAAGUUUGCCAGCGGAAUAAGACUAUUACGCGUGCCCCACUAGGUCUUCUCAGACCCUUGCCUAUUCCCGAUCAGCCAGGAGAUUCGGUGUCCAUUGACUUCAUGGACGCUGGCGUCAAGAGUAGGCAUGGCAAGAGCCAAGUCAUGGUGAUAGUCGAUAGAUUUAGCAAGUAUGCUGUUUUUAUACCUUUGCCUUCAGAGGCACGGACCGAGUUAGUGAUCCGUAAGUUCUUUGAACAUUGGGUCAGUGAGCACGGGGUCCCAUUGUCCAUAGUUAGUGAUAGAGACACCCGGUUCACGAUUCAGAACUGGCAGGAGUUGAUGAGAGUCUAUGGCUCUAAGUUGCUAAUGUCGUCUGGCUGUCAUCUAGAGACCAACGGUCAGACUGAACAGAUGAAUAAGAUCCUGCAGCAAGUUUGAGGAUGUACAUUAGACCAGAUCAAGUUGAUUGGGACGAGAUGCUCCCCAAGGUAGCCAAUGCCUACAACAAUAGUGUGCAUUUGUCUACAUGUCGCACUCCCAACG